UAAAAUUCCGCCACAAAAUGGCGGGCGAAGGUUAGCAAAACAUUCGGUUGUUUUGGUUUGUUUUUUUGGUCACUUUUUGACCUUAUAAAAUGGUCAACGUGAAACUAUGGGUCCGCUCAGAACCCUUCGAUGUGAGCACAAUCCAAAUGCCACCGCCUGCAAAGCUUACUUUACCGGUAAGGGGGGGAAAGUUGUACAAUACGUCAAAAGUCAAAACUGGCAAAACAUUUAGAGUAUUUCAAUGCCAAUGAAAUAUGCGAGAUAAAUUAGUUGCUUAUAUUUGCGGGAAGAUGCUCUACAAUCUGCAGAAAUAAGAAAAACACGUGUGUCAAUUUCCAGUAAUCGUUGAAAUGUUUCAAAAAUUUAAAAUUGCAUUCAUAUUGUUGAAUAAUCUAGAGCAUUUUUUAUAAAAUAACAUGAGAAGAUUAAACUUCAAGGCAUAAUUUUGUGUUUACUUUGUUGCUAGAACUUACUAAAGCUAAACAUGUAUGCUAAAUCUAAAGGUGAUGCAGGAUACCCCAGAUUAAGGUAAACAAAAUUGAAUUUAAAUUAUAACAAUUUAUACAAUAUGUAUAGUCAUGCAUUGACUGUCGAAUGUCAAACUUUUCAAAUGUUGUAUGUAUUUUAAUUAUCAGUACAAUAGUACUACAAUAGCACAAGAAGAUUUGCUUCCAGUAUGUUCACAGUAUCAGAGCCUGCAAUAACAGUCAAAAUUGUCUGGAAAAAGUCUAACCAAAGUGAAAUUUGAUCAGUCAUUUGACUCAUUUUGGCAUUUGGUCAGACAUUUUUCAAUUUUAUUUUGACUCCCAGCCUUCCUUCCUGUCAAGCACUAGCAGAAAAUAAUACAUUAAGCUAUGUUUACACAUUGCCAUACCCGCCUUUGUCAAUUUUGAGAGCAAUAUUCAAAUCAUACCUGCAGUGACAAACUGUCAAUAAUCUUUGUUUGUUUUUCUUUCAUCAUACUUAAAGGUCCAGGGUGCAUUCCAUGUAAAGUCUACGCCGAAGAUACGCCAAUAUUAACUAUAGAUACUAUUGUAAUUUACCAAACUCACGCCGAAGAUCUUCGGCGUAGGCUACUUAAUUAAAAUGCACCCUGGUUAAAAGUGCUGCCAGUCCGUAAUGUAAACAAACGCUUUGUUUACAUUUUGUGAUAUUAUUUAGUCACCAAUGAGUAGCUUGGAUUAUAUUAAUUAUGGGCAAUCCUAUCAUAAUCGUAAUGCAUGUAAUAAUGUAGUGUUGUUGGUAUUGCAUGACUAAUUGACAUUAUAUUCAAUGUUAAAUUGUAGUUACCCAGUCUGGGAGCACGUUGCUUGUGGCAAAUUCAAGAUUUCAGAAGAACUCGCUUGGAUGUAAGCAGUCACUUACCAUUGUUUGCAUAAAAUUAAAAACAUUGUCUGUUCUCAUGUGAGACAAUUCAUGUUUGUCAAGACCAUUGACAAGUUUUAAUCUGAUCAACCAAUUGUGUUUAAUUAACCCAUUAAGCUGCAAUAUGACCAAAUGCACUCCAUAUUAUUUUGCUGUGCCUUAUGUCAUAAUGCCAGAUUACUUUACUCUGUCUAACACGAGACAAUUUCACUCAUCAAGGGAGAGUCUUGCACUAAAUAAUAAUGGGUCAUUCCAGAAAACAUCCAAUGCCCACACUCCCCCACGGAGGAAAUUUCUGCCAUCCGAAGGGGGAGGGGAGAAAAAAUUGUUUAUGACACAUGUACUUUUUGGUCUUGGAGCCUCGCUCUCAUUAGUAAAUUAUGCAAGGUGAUUGGCUCAUGAUUCAUAAGAGCGAGGGUCCUGGACCAAAUGACGUAAUUAUUGAAAAGGUGUAUUGGCUGAACUAAGUAUAUAUUGAUUACAAAAUUUUCAAUAUUUGUUGCAACUUACAUAGGGUUGGGCGAUAUUUUGAUAUUUUGAUUUAUCACCGACGAUAUUUUCAAUCGUGAUUAUUGUAUCGAAGGUAGAAACUUGAGCGAUGAUAUAUCGAAAUUAUUGUCAUGCUCGAUGACUAUCGUGAUAUUGCUUCGCAUGUGCAUAUAGCUUUUAUAAAAAUCCUAAAAAAUUGUUUCAAUUCCUAGAAAAUAUAAUUUUAAAAGAAUUUAAACUACUUCCUGAAUUACAUACGAAUUUAAUACGAUAUACAAAAGCUAAUAUUUAACGUAUUAAUCUGCUGAACAAUGAAAUUGCAGCCUUUGCUUGCGUUGUGUGCCCACGGUAUUUGUGCCAGCGGAGACACAGUACUAUGAACAGUAAAUAUUAGACUAGAAAAAGCCUUCAUAUUACUUUAAUUUGUUGUUUUACUUGUUUUUAAUAAGAUUAUAUAUAAGCUUACUAUGCUCUAAUUAAAAUUGAAAAAAUGUGCUCAUGAUUGUUUUUGUUGCAUUUAUCGCGAUGUUAUCGAAUAUCGCGUGAUAAUUUCCUUGACAAUAAUCGUGAGAUACUUACAUAAGAAUUGAUCGACAUUAAUGUCUAACUGUUCAUAUGACAUCCUUACAUUCAAUGUAACUGUUCAUGACAUCCUUAUAUAUGCAUGCAGAUGAUAGUACGUAAUUCAUCAUAUUAAAAAUAUUCAUGAAUGCACAUGUUUAUCUUAAUUUUGUUUAUCUUAUUGGAUUAUUCUAUAAAACAUCCAUAGAGCCAAAUAGCCAUAGAGCUAUGGAAUCAGGCAUCUAGCACAUUUUACUAAAUUAUGAGAAGUAUAUUUUAUUUCUCAAUCCCAUGCACUGUCCCCGAUGUAUGACAAUCUUUAAAGCUAUUCUUUAAUUUAAACUUUUAAGGUAUUUUGAGACAUUUGACAUGGUUGCAGAAGACAGUUGUACGACUCAGUUGGAGUGGAAGGAAAACUUUGCAAAAUGUGCGACAGACAAUGAAAUAGGUAUUUCAUAAUUUUAUGGAAUUUUAAGACAUUGCGACUGCGUUAUGUAUUUGGUACCGGCGGUAUCAAGAGUGCAAAAGAAUAUACAUUAGAAUUCUCAGUACAGUUCACUACUAACAGUACAUAGCAAUAGACUUCAUUGUACUAUUUAUCACUUAUUUACUGAGACCGAGGUAAACAGUGUGUUUGUGGCACCAAGACUUGAGGGAAGUUCCUCAAACAGGGACAUGCUGGGGUCUUGAAAACAAUGAAGAAUGAGCAAUGUCUGAUUGGGCCCAGUGAUGGAUGGAUCAAGAUUGGGGUGGGGGUAUUACUGAUCAAACAUGAAACAUUUCAGUUGCUAAUUAAUCUUUUUCCUUAAUCUUCAUUUUCAAAAUUAAAAUCUAUAUUUUUUAUGUUUUCCAAUGUUUUAAUUUUAGGGGCCAUGAUCACAGGGGCCCACAACAAAUUCUCAUCCAGGCAUUAAAAUGACGUGUCCUUGUACACACUUUGUGUCCUCGUAAAAGGCGAAUGUGUCCUUGUAAAUUGAAAAGUGUGUACUGGAAAAUAAUGUACAUAAAUGUUUAAUAUAUUUCAAUUUGAGAAUUUGAAACAGUAUUGUGAUGAGGCUGUUUUAAGAACCAUAACAUGCAAGUAAUUGUCCAAUAUCUAGCGGGAAAAGAACUUCAAUGUACGCCAGCUUUCCCACGCAGUACGUCACAAAGCCCGUGUGGCCAUGCCUUUGGCUUAAAAGCUAAUUAAGGCCAUGGUUUUAGCGCAGUGCAAGCUGUUUUAUGUGAAGGACUUUUUAACUACUGAUUACAGUAAGGCUUUUUGUAAUGCUAUACUGGGAAAAUAGUCACAUUUUUAGGGGUAUACUUUACUAGGCGUUGCUUUAAGUUGAAUAAUUUGAACGGCCAGAAAUUCGGGGUGUCCGAGCUAAAAUUGAGUUGGCCGGUUACCUUGACCGGCGUACCUCCCAGCCGUUAUUUCGCGCCCUGAGUACAAUACUGUAUACUACUGGUAUAGUACAAUGGAGUACAUUUAGGUACACACAAUAUUAGACUUUCAGAGUAUUAGACUUAGAAAUCAAAUAUAUAAAAUUCCAAUAGGAACCAGCAUUAAGAAAUUUGCCAGUUUUACUUUGACUUGUGCUGCUUUUUCUUGUUUAGAACGAAUGAAAGCGGAUAUAUCAGUUGAUACAGUGCAGUUUAUUUUGUUUCUCUACAUUCAACAAGUUCACAAAAUCUCUCUUAGAGAAAGUCUUGUUGGUGGUGGGGAAGAGUAUCCUUUGGAAUGCAACAUGUCUUAUUUUUAUUUUAUAAAAUAUUGUAAAUGGAAAAAGAAACGUAAUGAAGAACAUUAACGCACUUUCUUGGGAUCUAGGGGUGUUUCUUUCACCACUCAGUCCCUCCCCAACAAAAUUGGCACCCCCAGUACCACAAAACACCCACCCCUCACAAAAUGCCCGCACCCUUGCCCCACAAAAAAUUUGAACUUUAUACACACAGAGUUCCCCCUCUCAAAGAGUCUGCACCCCCAACAAUUGGUGGGUUUCACUCAACACUUAUACAAUAAGGAAACGCUUGGUGGUCAGCUUUACACUUUAUGCCUUGUAGAAGCAAGUAAAUUUUGUUAAAUUGCAUAUAUUUGAUACCAAACGCAAGAUCAACACUUAUAAUGAAUCCGAUAAUUGUUGUUGAGGUUCACCGUAGAUUUAGGAAAAAUUUGACGAGCAAUUGUGCAUCGUCUUGAAGUAUUUUACUACUGAAACUCCCUGCAAAUAGUGAACAAAAAACACCCGUACCCGUUUUUCUUUUACGUACAGACCAUGGUCCUCCUAUGAAUGAUUUGUGUAGAUCCCCCCCCCCCCUCCGCACAAAGCUCACGCAAUGCCACGCCAUAUUUUUGGUGGGAUCCAGGCUCUUUUUUGUUUUGACCACUCUGCCACCGAUGGCACUCCGCACUUGCAGUAUUUGAACUCCUUGACUCCACUAUAAUACAGAUGGCCAACAAAAAACAGGUCACCCAUUGACUUAGAUCGUAAAGGAAUGAUUGGAUCGAAGGUUUGCUUCAGAUUAUGUUAAGCAUGUUUUCUAAUAGAAUAGAAUAGAAUUAGAACUAGAAUUAGAAUAGAAUUAGAAUAGAAACUUUAUUUCACGAGGGAAAACGUAUUAACCAUAAAAGUUAUCUAACAUACGGCCCUCGCACUAUUUGUUGAAGUUUCCGGAAGGCAAUGCAGAUUAGUCUUCUAUUGUGUCUUGCAACAAAAAUGACUUAAAUGACGUCAGUUCCGGAAACUUCAACAGCCAAACAGACCAUGAGGAUGACGUUUUUCGCAAAGAAAAUAUAUUGCAUUUCAUCUUAAAAUGUACUGGAUAUUACAAAUAUGUAAAAUUUAAAAUAGCUGUAUGUGCACUUUAAAGUUACUCGCGAAUGAACUCAUAAGAUAAGCUUUAUCAUAUAUAAAACUCUCGGCUGUCGUGGUUAGGGACCGGUCAUUAUUUAUGGUGGGGGGUGGCACCGAAGAGAAAUGUUUUUCCUGGGAAAAAUUUUGCUGACCCAAUCAUUAAAAAGCAAAAAAUUUGAUUACCCAACCUCAAAUAUCAAUUAAAAAAUAACUACCCACCCCUUUGAUUACCCAACCUCAAAUAUCAAUUAAAAAAUAACUACCCACCCCUACCCACCCAUUCAGUUGUCACACAUGUCCUUUACCACUUCUGUGACACAAGUUUGAUAACUAAACUUUCAUGUUGUAUGUACAUGUACUUUUUUUGGAGACACCAUUUGUCUCCCAACAAAUCGGAAACCAGAGUAGCGAGCGAAACAUGAUUGAUAUACCUGGUUGCAGUGAACGAACAAACUUUAAACUUUAAAUGAUCAAGAUAGUGACUCUGAUUGAUUGAUUCACGCAUAUUGUAUUGACAUACGACUGUUGACAUUGCUUUUCAGUCUCCAAUAUUUAAGUGAGUCAUGCUUUGGAAAUGACAAUAACUUUUUAUGACCCAACCCUUGAGUUGUUUUGUUUUUCAUUUACCCAACCUUUUACUCACUCAAAAUUUAGUCAUACCCAACCCUUUUCUCUUCGGUGCCACCCCCCGCCAUAAAUAAUGACCGGUCCCUUAGAGCUCAACUAUAUAGCUCAAUCGGAUAGAUCUUAGAUCGCAGGUUCGAUUCGUGCCAGAGGGUCUAUAGUUUUAUAUCAUUUUCACCAACUGCUCCUGGUGAUGGCUAAUAAAUGUAUAACAAUUCUAGAUUCUCCUUAUUACGUUUUCGUAGCGCUUUGCAUUGUGGUUAUAGUGGUAUCACUGAUAAAGAUAGCGGCCUCGAAUGAAAAUAUUGAAUGUUUUCGCGAAUAUUUUGCUGUUGGCUAUCGCGCACCUGACCCUAGCUUUUUUUAAAAAUUCUUGCACGGGUCGGGACAAAAAUAAGCCAUCUUGAAUAUCAGUGAUACUACUAUAACCACAAUGUAAAGCGCUACGAAAACGUAAUAAGGGGAAUCGUCAAUUCACCCUCAAAAUUUCCAUGUACAAAAACCCUUUCAAUCACGUACCUUGUAGUGUUAAGAUUUUAAAUAUACUGUAAUAAGUAUUGUGAAUCUGACUUCAGAGUUUAGAUGAACACGGUCAAUUGAUGUUUGUUCUCAAUCAUUUGGAAGAUAUUCUGGAACUUGUCACCGAACCAGGUUGGUUUGAUGGCGGAAUUUCCAGGUACUAUAAUCGACAGUUAUAACGUUCACGGUAUUGUCCUAUUUUAGACUCCUAUUCGUCAGGCCUUGGUGGUGUUGGGAGUGAUCCUGCUUUAACAGAUGAAGCUGUUCAUGCAUUAGGAUUCUUAAUUGCUGGCUCUUUAGAUAAACGGUGAGUUCAUGCACCUUUGAGCAGAGGUCUUUCGGGGGGUGGGGGUUCGCACCCCUUCUGCUGGUAUCCAACACCCUUGUAGUGGUCUUCAGCACCCCUUGACGAAAACUCUGGUAUUCCAUAUCAAGCCUCGAAAUAGCGGCCAAUGACCAAAAGCAGGCCAUAUCUUAGAAAUGGCAUGGAGGCGAAAACAAAUUUGAACUGCCAAGUCAAAAAAAAAUGGCAGGUGAAAUUCUAUAGAUAUAAUUGACUUCAUUUGCUUACCACAAUUCAUAUAUACUAAAUCAUUUAGUUGAUUAAAUACGUUAGUCAUUUGAAAUGUAAAUGACCCAGUUUACUGUUGUAAAAUAGACAAGUUUAAAAAUAUUGAAAACAUUGAUUUUUACAAUAUGACUCAAAUGAGACAUCGCCAUUUUGGCAGUUCAAUAAAUAAAAAUGGCAGGCUAAAAUUUAUUUCACCUGCCAAAAAAUUUUUGACUGGCAGGCCAUCUUUUUUCUCUACUUCGAGCCCUGCAUAUUAAGUUUACAUUUCCGGUUUCUGAGUUGCGAAUACUACUUAUUAUAUUGAAACGAUUGAUUUUCGGCUACGCGAGAAAAUAUUCAAGCAGCGAUAUGGCGGGUCACCAUAUACAUGGGUGGGAAAAAUAGACGAGCAUCCGAGCACUGCUUGCAGCUGUAGUAACUUCGUUUGAAUGAAGAUUUGCUAUUGAAAUUUGAAGGAAACUCGAAACCUAAACACCCAUGUCCCACUAUGGGCGCAACAACAUACGGUUGACAGACAUUACUCCUUUAAUUAAUUUAAAACCAUGGUCAGCUAGAACACUAUAUGUUUAUGCACAUGCAGAUUUAGCACAUUUCUGGAGGAAAUUUUUGUCUCCAGGUUGUGCUCCUAGGAAGAAAAUUCUUUUUUUUCUGCCCUGACCAUGUAUUUUGUUAAUUUCUGCCUGAAAUGUAAGUUACUGUGACGACAAAUUUAACGAAUAAAUGUUGUGCUCAGAAUGAACGAAAUGGUAUUUCAGGGCUUCAAAUUUCAAAAAUUUCCCCGCGGAGAAUACUAGACACCUUAAGAUUGACGUUUAUUUUAUUUACGCCUAACCGCAAACCGCGGUUUGCCGUUAGCGGUUUCACGUUUGCCGUACUUGCAAAUAUGAAAUUAAGAUUGACGUUUUUCUUCGCGUUCAAUAUUUUUCCGUCGAAACUAUAGGAUGUCACUACCAAUUUGUUAAAAUGAAUUGAAAUAUGAAAGUAUAAAUGUAAGUAAGAAAUAUGCAUGAAGUAUGUUUAAACACGGACUGUGAAAAGGUCAUCAAUGAUUUUGAACUUGCUUUAUCGUGAAUGUUCAAGUGUAAACGUUUAUUAAUUAAAACGACAUUCAAAAGACGACUUAAAAUAAACAAAUCUCAAUUUAAGAAAUCUAUCAUACCAAAAUCGGCCACAAAAUAUUGAACUGACAAUCGAAAUUUUCAUGUUUGUUUAACCCAAAUAAAUUGGAGAGUCGAAUUUAUACAUGGUUCGGUUAAACUUUUUUCCAUCCAAAUCAAAGAUCAGAUGUAUAUUUGUCUUAAUAUAUUUCAUAUACGUGCAAUGAAGUAAUAACAGUUGAAUAAAAUGCUGAGGUAAAUCACUUACCUGUAGAAUGCACUCUUGAGGUUUAAAACGUGAGCGAUUUACGGCGAACGUGACGGCAAGCACCUGGUCACGUGGUUUCUAGCGGUUAGCGGUUAGACGUUUGCGAAAAAUACGUCAAUCUUAAGGUGCCUAUUGUCCCCGUAGUGAAAACCUCCGCCCUGACAAACGAGGUGUCUUUAGACGCGAGUCACUACUUUUUAUUUAUUAAUUAAUUUAUUUAUUUAUUAAACUUUGCCAAAAAUACGUAACAGAACAUCUAGACAAUAAACAUGGGCAAGAAUGGCAGGGAUACCACAACAGUGUAAACCAAUCACUGUGGGGCCUUUACAGCUAUUUCAAUUAAGGUUGUCCACGAGCAAAGUGGAAAAGUCGAAUACAAGCGCGAAAGGCUGCUGGGAAUCGCUAUGAAAAUUCAUUAAUUUGUUAGCGAUUCCCAGCAGCCUUUCGCGCUCGUAUUCGACUUUAACGCUUUGCUCAUGCACAACCUUAAUUGAAAUAGCUGUAUGCAAAAAUACGCACAAUUAUGAUAACAUACAGUACAUGGACUGGAGACUAAAAACAACAAGUUAGUUUAGAACGUAAGUAACGGCUACUGUUACUUCAGACAUAUAGUCUUCCAUGUCCUCGGAUCUUCUUCGUUGAAGCAUUCUCUCAGGGCUAUGUCUGGUAAUAACUUUGUAAAGCAGUUUUGAAUUGUCUAAUAUUGAUGCCAGGAGAUCUUAGUGUAGUUGGUAAAGAGUUCCAGGUUCUAUUUGCACGACUAAAGAAGGAGCGUUGGUAGGUAGUGGUUUUGCAGUUGGCCGGACGGAAGGAGAUUUGGUGCAUCCUAUCUUACUUUAUUUUUUACUUUAUUUAGAUCUGUUAAUGAUCUGCAAGAACUCGCUGUUAUUUCGUCUAAUGGUGAUGGUUAUUCUAAGGUAGAUAUGCUAUAACAAUAGAGUUGAUGUUCGCGGGCAUAAAUACGUUUUUCGUCCGACUCAGACUCAUUUUAGCUGGAGCAUUGCGAGGGUUAAAAUGAUUCUGAGGAGGGCCACGAUUACAACUUCCUCGCACGUGAUCAAAUCUCCUAUUCGUACUCGCUGCUAAAGCUCCCUAUUAGGGAGCUUUAGAUUUGACUACGAGUACGAGUACGAGUACGAGAUUUGAUCGCGUGCGAGGAAAUUACUGUAGUCGUUUUCGUUUCCAUUCAAAUGUUUGCUUUUGUAGCAGUAAACCAACAACGAGAGAAAAAGUUUCAUAAACUAAAUCUCCUGCAGACUAAAAUCUUCUACAAAACGUGUAAAUAAGUCAUAACAUUAAAAACAGGCCUGAUAUUUAGUACUGAUAUAUUAUUUGCGCCGGAUAAACGCUAUAUAAAUGCUACAAAUUAUUUUGAGAAAACAAAAAAAAGCCAACUUUCUUUGUGUUUUUUUGAAAAGUCGUCGUGAGGACUACACGAUUUCUCCACCAUUUCGUACUCAGAUGGGCGAGGGCUACGACUUUUUCGCGUCAAUGCGGGAUGGCGUAUGCAUACAGCAUGCGUAUCGCAUGACGAAUCUUGUACUCGUACUCGUAGUCAAAUCUAAAGCUCCCUAUUGUCUGGGGAGGGGUGCUAUUUAUCUUACUUGCAGUUUAGAGCUAAACUGAAAUGUGAAGUACCCAAGUCAAUCUGUUCAAGUCGAAAGGUUCCUAAGAGCGGCUCUUGGCAGCCACAUUGUGACUCAUGUCUGAUCACGGAGCACUGAUACGGUGGGUCAGUUUGGGGAUUAUCCCAACCCACCAUGUCGACAUUCUCUGUGUGGAAAAUCCGGAGAAAACUCACGACUUUUCGUAAAGCGUUGGCUGACUCUUUUCGCAUAAGUGCCAUGAGUCUGAAAUAAGAAUAGAAUAAUAGAAUAGAAUAAUUUAUUUAAUGUCGAAUGACACACACAGAGUGUGGUUGCCCAAUCACUCGAGCCAGGGGCUCAUGAUAGAAGUGCUCGACAAAAUACCUAUUUACCAAUAUAUAAAAUAUUUACAUGGUAUUAAUUAAUUAAUAAUCUAUAUACUAAUAUACUAACACUACUAGCCUACUACUACUAAAUGCAUGCAUAGCAUUGACAGCCAAGUAAAUCAGAUUGGUGAAUCUGGUUUCUAAAUUCAGAUAAUGAGGUAGAUGACUUGGCAGAAAGUGGUAACUGAUUCCAAAUAUGGGAAAUAAUGUACUUAUAGGAGUUAUGCAAAUAACGACUGUUAUACACAUCCUGUACCACAUUAUGACCACUACCUCUUAAAGCAUAUGGAGUAUUACGAAGUUUAAAAAAAAAUAGAAAUAUAGGUAGAGCCAUUUUUCUUGAAACUUUUAUAGAAUAUUAUUAAUGACUGCUCAACUCUCCUGUGUUCAAGCGAGCGCAUAGUUGCUAAAUUCAAAACCGAUUCAUAACUCACAUUUCUUCCUAAUUUCAUCAAUGUACGUAAGCCAUAAUAAUUAGCGUUUUCUAAUUUAUUUUUAAGUGUUUUACUUAUACCUAUAAGCAAUGGGCUACAGUAUUCAAGAUGCGGUAGAACAUAAGCCUUACAAAGCUUAAUUAAUGUUUCUUUUGGCACCAUACGUUUCAGUCAUCGUAGGGCAGCAAUCUUGGCAAAUACUUUCCUAAGAGUAUCCUUGAUACUCUUAGGAAAGUAUUUGCCAACUAUGAAUCAAACCCACGAUCUUAGGCUCCGCUUAUGAGAUGGAGAGGAGAUUCAUUCAAGCAUUUUUUAUUCAGGAGGCCUACGUCACAAGAUGUGUUUUUCAGUAGGGUCCUGGGUUUCCAGCGUAAUGUGGAACAUUACAUCCUCGUUCCAAAGUGGGCGACAUUUUUUCCAUAAGAUGAUACAGCUUGUGACCAACGUUGUUCUCUUAUUUGUAGCUUUCUAGAACGUGGUCAUUUCGUUAUCUCAAAUCCUGGAUCAGAUCAUACCUCGGAAUCAGUCCAUUUGGAGUUUCUGCGUGUUUAUUUUCCGAUGGAUUGAGAGCGCGCAGUGGUAAUAAUGAUGCCAGCGGUCAUGGCAAGGCUGACAGUAAGUGUAAAGAUAGCAGAUCAGAUGACAUUUGAUCUGAUUAGAUUGUAUACAAGAUAUUUAUAAUACCAGAUUUCAGAUUUUUAAUGAUUUUGCAUUAUAUACAAAAAAAGAAUACAAGAACGUACAAACGUUACAAAAAUAGUUAAAGUUACUUAUUAUAAUAGAAUAUAUGAUAACUUAGUUAAAUUAUGCCCAGUAGUCAAGUAUAGCAGGAAGCUGUCGAGUUGACUGCUGUCUUUGUGAGAUUUUUCAAUGUAUUUGAGCUCAAAAUAUUAGAGAAAAACACACAAAAUAUUUGAAGGGAUGAUGAUGGACGCAGAUCCGUAGACCAUACUAAGAAUAUACAAAUUAGAAUCGUGCUAAGAUGAUUAGAUGAAAUCACCAUGCACAGAUGUUGACAGAUACCGAAAACACUAAUAUUUUUUGCAAAAAAACUAAUUAAAAACCUAUAAUCUAUAAUCGUGCAAUUAGGGAUUAAUAGUACUCGUGAUUUUUUUCUGUAUUGGUGUUGUGUACUCAGGUGAAUAAUAUGUUUGCGAUGUUACUCUGAGUGCAUAUCCACACCGGGCGAGCUUGAGAAUUAUGCCCGGCCACGGUGGGAUUCGAACCUACGACCUUUGGAAUACUAGCCCAAUGCUCUUCCAACUGAGCUACGCGGUCAGGACAGUUCGAGUAACAACACCAAUACAGAAAAAUUCAUAUUACUAGAACACAUUGGUAUUGAAGGAACUAGAUACUGUUCCGAAAUAUCACUUACUCGAACUGUCCUGACCGCGUAGCUCAGUUGGAAGAGCAUUGGGCUAGUAUUCCAAAGGUCGUAGGUUCGAAUCCCACCGUGGCCGGGCAUAUUUUUCAAGCUCGCCCGGUGUGGAUAUGCACUCAGAGUAACAUCGCAAACAUAGUACUCGUGAUGUUUGAAAAUUUGCCAAAUUGGACUCGCCCCGGCGGCUCGUCCAAUUUUGGCAAAAUUUCCAAACAUCACUCGUACUAUUAAUCCCUAAUUGUACUCGCCAUAUAUUGCAUGAUUACCUAUACUAAUAUUAUUUUAGUCAAUUUACCCCAUUCUGAUUGAUUAAAAACCGUGCCGAUUAAACAUUAAUCGCACAGGUGUGCCGAUUAAAUACAGAUACGACCGCGCGUGGAUCAUGCGUUGGAUUAAACACAAAAUGUCAACCUGAGAAUAAACAACUUUAGUUGAAAAUGUACAUUUUCUGAGCUCUUAUUUUACAAUGAGCUCUUGUUUAUGCUUUCAUAACGAAGAAAAAGAAGAAAUAAAGAUUAUUCACAGUUUUUCGGGUAUAUGAAUUGUCAGAAAGUGCGAUUUUUUAUUAAUACUUUUUGGACGGUUUAAUUUCCUAAACAAAUUUACUCAAUAUUUUGAGUAAAGUUUUAAAUUUCUCAUUUGUUUGAGCAAGGAUUUACUUUACGAAAAAAAGUAAUUUUCCCAAUAUAUUUUGAGUCACUAGUGGGUGCAUUAUUAGUCACUGAUGCAACUCAAUCAUUGCUAGAUGUUAUCCUAGUGUCGUCGAAGUCAAUAGUGUACCGAAGUGGAGUAUUGCUUACAUCAAUCAGUGACCAUCUACUUGUGUACGCUGAACUUAAGAUUAAGUCUCCUAAGCAACCUUCGCAAUACAUUACAGCACGUAGCUUUAAAAAUUAUGUACCGAAUUAUUUUGCAGCUGAUCUUGCGGACAAAUCAGAUUGUCUCCUAUCUAUUUUUGACGGCGACGAUGUAAAUGCUAAACUAAACAUUCUUAACCAUGCGAUCCAGUCUACACUAGACGUUCAUGCUCCAAUUAAAACAAUUAAGAUCCGUAACCGACCAUGCCCAUUUAUUACCCAAGACCUCAGAAACCUUAUGAAAGAGAGAGAUCGAUUACAUCAACGAUUUCUACGUACGCGGGAUAUGAUAGACUGGGUCAAUUAUAAGAGCUACCGGAAUAAUGUGAAGAGAGAUCUUAAGAAGGCGGAGAAUGAGUAUAACUCUAAUGAAGUACGGCAACAUAAAGAUAAUCCGGGGUCUCUAUGGAAAAUAGUAAACCGUCUUAUACCAUCAAAAGGAAAAGAAAGACAAAUUUAUAAAGGAGACCAUAAAUCUUUUGCAAAUUAUUUCAAUCAGUUUUUUUCAUCGGUUGGUGAAAAUGCAGCAAGGGCGUCUUCUCAUCUAGCAGAUACUAACAACAUCAAUCUACGAGAAUCAAUCGAAUCAGUCGUUAUAACUGAAAUCGACCAAUUUAAGUUUAGAGCCGUAACUUGCCACGAAGUGCGUCGAGUAGUUUUAUCGUUACCUCUCAAUAAAUCAUCUGGUCCGGAUAAGAUUGACCCACGGAUCAUAAAGGACUGUCUUCCGGUCAUUUUGGGUCCUUUAACGGAAAUUAUAAAUUGUUCCCUUCGUACUUCUACUUUUCCUCUGGCAUGGAAAAAGGCAGAACUUAUUCCUAUUCAUAAAGAAGGUGACCACGAGGUACCCUCAAAUAAUCGACCAGUUUCCCUUCUUGUAGUCGCAUCUAAAAUCUGUGAAAGAUUAGCUCUUGAGCAAUUUAGCUGUUACCUAACAAGCAACAACCGACUAUCCUCCCACCAAAGUGGAAAUAAAAAACUUCACUCGACAGAGACAUUAAACGUUUUUAUCACUGACACCAUCUUAAAGGCCAUGGAUAAAAAGAAACUCUCAGCUCUAGUGUUGCUUGAUCUUUCAAAAGCAUUUGACAGUAUAAACCAUCAGAGACUACUUCAUAAACUAUCAAAUGUCGGAGCAUCCAAAUCAACAGUAAACUGGUUCAAAAGCUACUUAACAGACCGUUUCCAAUCAACUCGUAUUAACUCUACGUUAUCAGAUCCAUUACCGAUAACUUAUGGUGUACCUCAAGGGGCCAUUUUAUCGCCAUUGCUCUUUUGUAUAUACCUUAACGAUCUACCCUGUGCAUCUUACAAUGGUGAUCUUGAAUCAUACGUUGAUGAUACGAAAACUUUGUUAUCGUUUCCUUUAACGGAAGCUGACACUGGAAUUAAAAAUCUGGAAGAAGACCUACAUAAAAUUGCGUCUUGGUGCUGUGAAAACAAUCUUUUGGUGAAUCCAGAUAAAACAAAAUUCAUGAUCAUUGGAACCAGGCAGCUGAUGAACGAACUUGAUGUCAAUAUUUCGAUCUCUUUUAUGGGGAAGAUUCUAGAACCAGUUGAUUUUGCCAAAGAUCUAGGACUUCUAAUGGACAGUCACCUAAGUUACGAUAAGCACAUAUCGAAUCUAGUGUCGUCCUGCCUUUAUAAACUGUGCCAGAUAAACAGAGUUAAAAAUAAUUUUGACAAGGGAACACUUACAAUGAUAAUCACUUCAUUAGUGAUCAGUAAACUGCUCUAUUGUUCCACUGUGUGGUCAAAUACAACAUGCACUAAUAUAAAGAAACUUCAAUCUAUUCAAAACUUUGCAUGUAAAAUAAUCACAGGAUCCAAGAAAUACGAUCAUGUAAGCCCAUUACUCCAAAAUCUUGAGUGGCUUACAGUUGACAAAUUACUCUAUUUCCGUGAUGCCGUAAUGACUUUUAAAUGCAUGAACAACUUAGCGCCGAAAUAUCUUUGUGACAUGUUUGAGAAACGAUCUUGUAUUCAUAAUCGGUCUACGCGGAACUGCAACUCAAUACAGAUACCAUUGUUUAAAACAGCGGCAGGGCAACGGUCAUUUGCUUUUAGAGGAGCUUCAAUUUGGGGUAACUUAGACACUGAGCUAAAGAAAUGUACAUCACUUAAGACAUUUAAAAGUCAACUUAAAGAACACUUACUGUCUACUUAGACUAUAGACUACUUCCUAUUUUAGACUAUUAAAAACUUAGAUAUCAGUCAUUUUUAUUCCUAAUUUGUAGAAACUGUAAAUAUUUUAAAAUUGUAGUUUUAUAAAAUAAUUUUGUAAAUGGGUUUCUGAAAAACCCUUUUGGGAGAAACCAUUAAUUUUAAUAAUAAUAAUAAUAACAUUAUUUAUACCUCAAAAUUCUUUACCGUGUUGGCUCUCUGGUUUUCAGUGACAUUUUCUGAAAUUUAUGGUAUAUUUUAUAAUCAGUUUUAGAUUUAAGUCAAAGUCUCGAGGACGAAAGUUCAAAGUUAACAGCAGAACACAUUUCCAAACAUCAUGACAAACACGAAACAACGCUGCAGGGUGGACCUGUCGGUGGUCGGAUUAUUAAAAAUACGAGAUAUGCUCCUCCAAGGUAUGUGAAAAGAGGUGGAAAUGUGUCUUUUAAAGGGAUAUGGGAAUAAAAUAUAACUUUGUCUUAUUUGAAACAACUUUUAAAGUUAUAUAUGAAGACCCUUUAUACAACUUUUUUGUACCUUGCUUGGUUUUCGAAAUAUUUUGACCAAAAACAGUAUGCAGUCCACCACCUUGGUAUUAUAAUUGAACUAAUUAACUGAGUUUUUGAUAACGUCACAAGCAGGGUAAACUUGUUCAAACUUCUUCAUGUGGGACUAAAUUUCUUCGAAAAAUUUCUUAAAUGUUGUGAGUUAAUUGGGUACUGAAAAGACUUUGGAAAAUCGAGUUUCGUAUUGAUAAUGACAUGUGGUUUGCAAGAUAAAAAUUUCGUAUUUGUAAAGGAAGUUUAUAUAUAAUAUUAAAUGUUCUUUCAAAUAAGACAUUAUUAAUUUUAAAUAAUUUAUAUUGGCAUUUCCCUUUAAGAAUGACAAGGCAUACAAGAUAAAUCCGGAAGUUAUAAUAUUAGUAACAGUCUUACAGGCUUCAUUUUAAGAUCAGUGGGCCCAGGGCCUAUCAGAGAAAUUCGGGGGCCCGGAGCAAAUUUUUGUUUCGAUUCAAAAAAAAAAUUUUCCGGACAAAUAUGCCUGUUCCAACAUGGGUCAACCCCUUUUUUUCGGUCAAUAAAUGUAAAAUUUUGGUUUAGAAAAUUUUUUCUCCUACCGUUAUUUAUAUAAAAAAACGUUCGAAAUUAUGUUUUUUAAAUUUUGCAAAUUUGGGGGCCCCCAUUAAACUGCAUGGGGACCCGGGGCAAAUUGCCCCCAGUGCCCCCCCCCCCUCUGAAAGGCCCUGAGUGGGCCAGCCAAGAUCAGUUUACACUUGUAAAUUCUGCGGCGAUUUCUUGCACGAUUUUUAUUUUCCUGAUGGAUGUGAACGAGGGGAUGAGAUAUAGGAGAUAUAGAUAUUCAUAUGAAGCAUACUAGACAAUCCAGAAGACAUCUGUGGAUGUUUUCUGGAUUUUCUAGUGAUGAGGUUACAUCAAUGCGGUACCGUACAUAUAAUCAGAAGAUGCAUAAUUCAUCUACUCGUUCACAUCCAUCAGAAGAAGAUUGUCGCACCUAAAAUCGCAAUAUUGUCGGCGCUUUUGUGUUUCUGACGGAUGCAAACGAGUGAACUCUCAAACAAAAGCAUAGAGUCGCUUUUCAGAAGUAAAUAAUUCUAAGUAUAUUGCAUAUCAUUCAUUUCAUCACAUUUGCCAGGAGGUGAAAAAUAAGCCAGGCUUACUGUCGUUCCAAUUGAAGUGUUCCUCAAAUAUUGAUUCAAUACAUUACCUCGGGCUGACCAAUUCAUUUGAUCAAGUUCCUCGAAAUAUUCAUACACUUCCUGUGAAAGAGCCAAUUCCAAGAAUUUGAUCAUUUUUGGUCACUUCCUUUCUAUUUAUGAUUGGUUAGUUGCACAAACAACAAAGGUGAUUGGUGCAUUCAAACUAUUCAACAGGAAGUUUACAAUUAUACUAGGAAGUGUAUGAAUAUUUCUGGGAACUUGAUGAAAUGAAUUGGUCAGCCCGAGGUAAUGUACUGAAUCAAUAUUUGAGGAACACUUCAAUUGGAACGACAGUUAUUAAGAUCCGUUGCCAUUGCGAUUCUAGAAGUGUGAUUUUCGUCUUCUGGUGCAUGUGAACGAGUGGAUGAGUUAUGAAUAUAUGUUCCCUCAUCUGAACAUUCAAAACUCAUCCAUUCGUUGACAUCCAUCAUCAGAAGAGAGUCGCACCUAAAGUCGCAGCAGAAAUUGCAAGAUAAUGUAAACGGGCCGUCAGAGCCAACAUGAGUAAAGUUUCAUCUCCUAAAUUUAUCUUAUCCUCUGUUUUUCUGUCAGGAAUCGACUGGUGAUUUUGUACCAGAUUUGUAAACAGACAGUAGCAAAGGUAUGUAUGUACUAAAUAUAGACGAAGGAGACUUUCAACCGAUGUUCCAAAAUCGUGCGGCUAAAGUCACCACUGGAGCAAGAUAUAUUAGAUCGAAUGAUCUUUUACAAAGACUAAAUUGGGAUGCUCUUACUGUUAGACGUGCUAAACUAAGAGCGUCCUACUCAUACAAAUAACAGAUAUCUAUUAUUUCUAUGGUAUAAGGCUAUCAACGAGCGCCGUGUUUAAGAGCUAGUCUAGUAAGGCGCACAUAUCUUAAUAUAGGUUUUAUGUUGUGCAACAAUCUUCCAUCUGAGGGAAAAUAUGCAACCUCACUUUAUCAAUUUAGACAUUCCAUUAGCGAUCUGCCGUUUACUGAAAUAGAAUUGAACAUUAUAUAGUUUAUAUAGAUUGGCAGAUGGUUACGUGUAUACUUCCGGUACUUUUUGUUUUUGAACUUUGAAUGUAGUAGUAUGUGUAUAAUAUAUGUAUGUUCUAACUGAUUUAUUUCGCUGAUUUUUUAAGGCGGGCGAUCAUUUGAUUGAUGUGAAUAUCAAGGUCCACAGAUGUCAUUAUUCUUAUAUCUACCUUCUUGCUCCUGUUUGGUAAGUUUUUCUUGGCUUUGAAUUUUUCGUAAUGAAGUGAAGAUUACUCAGAAAUAACCUAACAAAAACACACUAUAGGAACGCGUUGUGGACACGUUUCAGAAUGCGUUCCAAUUUCGUUCUCAUUUCGUUCCGAACGCGUUCGAUUUUGCGUUUCAAAUCAACUGGAACGCGUUCCGGAACGCGUUCCGAUUACAUUCGUGGUAAAAUCGACAACCACCGGAAAUUUUUAUGGUUCCUAUACGAGCACCAGCGUGAUUUCGUGUGUACAUAACAGCAGCGAACAUGGCAAAACUUUCGCAGUACGAAAGAAGGCGAAUUGUUUCUUUACGAGCAAGCGGAGUUAAAAUUACAAAAAUAAAAACCUACUUCAUCAGGAGGGAAUCAAAGCAUCAAGGAGUCCAAUCAAUCUCGUUCCCCGAGCCUGCGAUCCUCGGGAAGGAACGUGAGGCUCUGGGAUAAUCUGUUGCCGGAAGCCAGGAAUCCUAGCUAAGAUCGAACUGCGCAUUCGAUAUCAACGGCCAAUCAGAUUCCUCCCUGAAACGGAUUAUCCCAGAGCCUCAUGUUCCUUCCUGAGGAUCGCAGGCUCGGGGAACGAGAUUGGGAGUCCAAUAAGUCCAAUAAGUCUUUUCCUGGAACGAUAUUCAACGACGGGAAACUUAGGAAAUACCAUACAGUGUACGAGGACGUGGUACAUACAGUAAACAUAGACAUAGGGCAUUAAAAUCUGGGUUCUUCCCGUCUCAAGAAUGUCCAGCACAAACAUCAUACUAAACAUUACGCUGUCGCUGAAAUAUUCAGUUGCAAUAUAUUCAUUAUUUAAGGGUUAGAGACUGAUGUGAGUGUUUUGUUUACAAAUACAUGCACGAGAUGACUGUACAAUGAACGAGAAAUUUUCAAUACUGAACGAGGCGAAGCCGAGUGCAGUAUUGAAAAUUUCGAGUUCAUUGUACAGUCAGCAAGUGCAUGUAUUUGUAAACAAAACACGAACUUAAAGUCUCUAACCCAUUUAAUAUAUUAUCUGAGUUCACUGCUUGCAAUGCAAUUACUGUUUUUACAAUUUUGUAAACAAAACAAAACAAAACAAAACAAAGCUAUUCCAGUUUGGAAAAGAACAUUUAUUAACACAUUUUCAUCAUAAGUUUUUACCAAUAGUCUAAUUUUAAAUACAUUGCAAAAUAAUUGCGUACAACUGUUUUUAAAACAAGACAGCGAAUACAAUGAAAAACCCGACUAGACUUUUUAAGCAGGAAUUUUACACGCGACAAAAUCGUGAAAAGUCAGUUUUUGCUUCGUUUAUUUACCUUGAAAGAUGACAAUGCACCAGUUUGUUUGGCUUUUUAUACUUUUAGACAUUGCAUUAUCUACAAUUUGAUUAAUUUCGUCUUCACUGACUCGUGUAAACCUUGAACCGACAGCCUUGCGGGAAGCCAUUUUCAAUAAUGCACUUUUUUAUGCGUUAUUGUCAAUAAUGCACUCGCAGAAUUCGUUGUUGCCAGGUAACAAAAACACACGUGAUCGAUUUUGACCAAUGGCGUGCGUGUAUUUUGUACAGUGAACGAAGAUAAUAUAUUAAUAGCGUUUAAACACCGUGUCGUUUAGAAAUUAUGUACACAACGUUACUUGGAUGGGGGUGAAUAGGUUUUCGGAUCGUCGGAUUUCACAGAAAAAAUUGUUCGGAUUUCGGAUCUGGCGAAUAUUUUACACGGAUUUGCGGAUCUUAUUAAUACAGCGGAUUGCGGAUUUAUUUAAUAUUUUGGCUCAGAUUGUGGAUUUAGCUUGCAAUUUAGUUUGGAUCCUGGAUUGUGUCUUCAUACUAGAGCUUUUAGCGGAUUCAAAUUUAGACAAGACCAUUGUCGGAUUGCGGAUUUUCCUUCAAAUUUGGGCGGAUUUGUAUACCCCUAUUCACCCCCCCCCCCCCUUACACAACAAAUUUCACAACAUUUGCAAAAAAACUCUUUUAGAAAUUGAAGCGACUUCUACUAAUCAUUGGCAAUGAAAAUAAUUGCUAGUUAUUGCUAAAGUAAAGAAUUGCUAACAUGCACAAAGACUCUGCUUUCAAUGCUUCGGAAUUUUCCGAAUCCAAGAACGCUGUUUUAGAGAACGCGUUCCCAGGCUUCGGCACGUCUUCUCUGGAACGCAUGCGGUUGUAUUGCAGGGAGGCGCGCACCCCACUUAGUGGUGUUUAGCACCCCCUCCCCCCCCCCCUAGAGAAGUCUAGCACCAAAAACAAUUUGUUUGUUUGAAAUUUUUAUCUAGUGUAAUUUUUAAUGACACACAAUGGACCAUUUGCAUUAUAGACUAAAUUUUGAUCUAGACAAGUCUAGACAAAAAUUUCAUCACAGCUUGAAAGAGCAUCACAAAAUUAGUAAUAUUCCAAAGUUUCGUUGCGAAAUGUUGUAAAAUGCGGAUAAUAUAGCCUUGCGAAGUUUGCCGUUUUUCAGUCAUUUUGUAUUACGCAUGCACGGGCAUCAAUUUCCCGUUUGUAAUACAAAAUGACUGAAAAUUGCAAAUUUCGCAAGGCUAUAUUAUCCGCAUUUUACAGCAUUUCGCAACGAAACAUUGGAAUAUUACUAAUUUUGUGAUGCUUUUUGAAGCUGUGAUGAAAUUUUUGUCUAGACCAAAAUUUAGUCUAUAAUGCAAAUGGUCCAUUGGAAAAUUAAAAAGCAAACAUUUUUUCUGUUUGCAAAGCAAAUUUUCCCGCCAGAUAAACGACAUCCGGGACACCGGUCCAGAUACGGAAAAUACGGACCACGGUCCGGAUAUGGGUUUUUACGGACCGCUUGUCAACCAAUCAGAAUAGAGAAUUUUGAAAAGCCAUAUAAUAAAUAUGUAUAUUAAAAUAAUGCCAAUAUAAGGUUAUAUGUAUGGGUAAAUAUCAGGAUUUGGGGCAUCCACACUCGAUAUAACUGAUAGUAGAAAUCCGGAUAUAUCUUGGAAACUCUCUAUAUGUCUGACAAAAUGAUUUGGACAAGUCCCAUCAUGAUAUUUUAAUUCCGCAUUACUUUAUGUUCAGGUCGGUUACAUUAGAAAAAUGUCAUAACUCCACGAUCGUGUUGGGAACGGUAAGGACGACUGUGAAUGUGUUUGGAUGUGAGAAUGUCACUGUGAUUGCAAUGUGCAACAGAUUGACAGUAAGGUAAGGCUAUGUCUUUAUAAAGCCCUUUCAAACGACUGCGCGGCAUCGUCCAACGCUGUCUCUUCAACAAUUGUAGGUUGUGUUAGACAUUGUUCGAUGGAAAUUUUAAACAAGGUCAAACCCGAUCCAACAUUUUCUGACAUCAAGCAACAUAAUAAGAUUACCCAACAUAGUGUUCAAACGAGACCAACUAUUUUGGAUGAUGUUGCACUACCAUGUUGCAUGGAGCUUGUUUGAACGGGGCUUAACACAACAAUGUUUUUUCUGUGUUGGUGUUGUGUACUCAGGUGAAUAUGAUAUUCGUGAUGUUACUCUGAGUGUAUAUCCACACCGGGCGAGCUUGAAAAAUAUGCCUGGCCACGCUGGGAAUCGAACUAGCAGAGCAUUGGGCUAGUAUUCCAAAUGAGCUACGUGGUCAGGUUGGUUCGAGUAAGUGAUAUUUCGGAACAGAAUCUAGUUCCUUCGAUACCAAUGUAAUCUAGUAUUAUGAUUUUUUCUGUGUUGGUGUUGUGUACUCAGGUGAAUAUGAUAUUUGUGAUGUUACUCUGAGUCUAUAUAUCCACACCGGGCGAGCUUGAAAAAUUGGGCUAGUAUUCCAAAGGUCGUAGGUUCGAUUCCCACCGUGGCCGGGCAUAGUUUUCAAGCUCGCCCGGUGUGGAUAUACACUCAGAGUAACAUCACAAAUAACAGACAAUGUUGUGUUAGUUUUCCUUGGCACGUUUUCAGUGCCUGGGUUUUCGUCGGUGAUGGUAAUCAAUUCUGGUAGUUUUGUUUCGGUUACCCCCUGCCCUUGAACUAGUCAAACGAGGAUAUAAGUUGACGAGAGUUGAGAAAUGGCAGUCACACAUUUUUACGGGACAUUUUAAGCUCUAGAUGAACAAAAUAGAGGUUUGAUGUAGCCUCCUCCGCAGGCAUCGCCUUUAGAUUAGCGGGCAAAAUUUGCUUUGAUGAGUGUUCCAACUAUGCUUUGACUUAAAUAGAAUACCUGAUAUAUAUAGUGUUGGGAAAGCGUUAAGAACAGCUUAAUAAGCCUGGUUUGAUUGAGUCAUGAUCUUUCUUAUCAGCCGAUGAACUGGAAAUACGCUGAGUGAUUCCCUAAUCACUGGUCAUAAAGUAACUGCUAGGGUGGGCUGGAGGUAAAUCACAAAUUUUGCCAAUAAGUUCGGUGACCCAUCUUAGGAUGUAGAUAAAAAUUUCAAAGCCCAUGCAUCUAAUCUUACAAAACAUUUUUCAUGACCAACCCAAUCUAAAUUGGGAAAAUACAUUUUUAUAAUGAAAAAACUUGCAGGUAUGAACAUUGUAAAUAUACACGGCACUGUAUUGACGCACAUAAUUCCACCAAGCUUGACCAACACAUUGACAUAGAUACUGAGCUGCUCUCCAGUUGGUUGUAUUUGCUGUGAUUCGUGCACUUCUUGUUGUUGUAUAAACAAAGUACUGGCUUUAAUAGCAUCAUUUGCGUUUGAUAAUUUGGAUAGUUUUGUUUACUUUUAAUUUUAUUAUUACCUUUAUUUUUUGAAGUAGACAUGCAUGGGUUUUUUGUUUGGUGGCCCAACCGUGGGCAUACAAAAAAAAUGGCGGCCUAUCGCAACUGCCCAAAGAUUUUCCAUGGCCCCGAUCCCAAAUCACUCCAGCCCACCCUAGCAGUUAUUUUAUGACCGAUCCCUUAUAACUAUCGAGAAUAUAUGAUUUAUAUGUGGUUUACAGGUAUAAACUAUUAUAAACUGGCCGUUGAGAAAGAUCGUUUUUUACGACCAUAUGGAAGCCAUGCAGGCUUUACCAAGGUCGCGUGACUUCCAACUCUCAUGCACUCUCAUCUUUUGACCGGGGGGGAACAGUUUAGAUUGCUAAGGGACUGGUCAUAAUUUAUCAGGGGAGUGGGGAGGUGUAAUUCAACAUUUGAAGGGAAAAUAUUUUGUGACCCUGCUUUGCCAUAACCUGGAAAAAUAAUGUCCUCUCUCUCUUGCUCGUGUCAGUAAAAAUGUACCUACCUACUACUAAACUCUGCAUUCAAUAAAUUUUCUAAUUGCACUUUAAAUUUUCUAAUUUUCUAGUUAAUGCGCUUUAAAUCAAAUACUAAAAUUUAUAUUAUACCAAAUUAAAAUACAUAGUCAUAUAUAAAACUUUAGUUCUUUCAAACUUUUCAUUCUAAGUUUAAAGAAUCCAGUUUUAAUGCAACUCAAACAAAAUGUGAGAAGGCAUGUAUAAAACAAUUCAAUUGAACUAAAACAGCAGACCCCCUCGCCGCCUUCAUAAACUGUCUAAUAUUUUAUGAACCCCCCUUUUUCCUGGCUAAAAAAUAUGUGACCCCCCCCCCCACUGUUUCCACCUCCCCACCCCUCCUGCUAAAUUAUGACCAGUCCCUAAAAUGGUCUCUAUCUAGAACUGCUACAAAUCCGCCUCAGAAUUUUUUCCUUAGCUUUAUUGGGCGAAUAAAGUUGAGCGCGCUAAAUAAAAAUGACCUCUCUGUUUCUGUAGUGGCUGUAGUGACUGCAUAUUUCAUGUCUGCACAAUGACGCGGCCAUUAUUGUUUGGAGGAACUGGUAACGAGAAUCUGACAUUCGCGCCAUAUCAUACCCAUUAUCCAAUGCUUGAUGCACAUAUGUUGAUGUCAGGUUUGACACCAAGAAUCAACGAAUGGAAUAACCCUUUGUUACUGGGUGAGUUGACGUUGUAUUAAUAGAGGGAAGUAAAGAAUGAUUUAGAGCUAUCCAUGCAGUAUAAAUAAAAUUAGUUAAGGUUCGUUGAAGGAAUUUCUAGAUGCAAAUUUAGGGAAAUUUACAUCUACAAAUCCUUCAACAAUAGAUGAUUUCAGCUAUCAACUAACUUUUUAUCUAGACAAAAAAAGCCGAAAUCUAGCAUUAUAGCUCAAAAGAGCUUCCUAAAAUUAGUAAAAUUGCAAAGUUUGGUUGCGAAAUGUUGUAAAAUACGAAAAAUAUAGCCCUGUGAAAUUAGCAAAUUUUGAGUAUUUUAGUAUUAUUUUACUGUGCUGAGUGGUUAUAUUACUAUACCUGAAAAAAAAAAAACAAGCAGAAACUCGACGUUUCGAGCAAGGACCUUCGUAUUUCACAUUGGUACUAUCCACACUGGUACAGACAGUUUUAGUCUUAUUUUAGUAUUUCGCCCUUCUUGUCUGGAUGGAAAUUUAGUCUAUAGCUGGAAAAUUAGUCUAUAGCAUUAAAUAUCCCCUUACUGGAUUUUUUGAGACAACAGUUUAGAACUAUCCGAAGUUAGUUUAGUUAGGGUUUCCUCCUGUAAUAACACUGGAUCAAUAAGUGAUGGUUUCUGGACUUCUGUUUAAAGUUUAGAGCUGACACAGCUAUCCAUGGUGUAAAUAAAACUGGUUUAGUUGGUUACCUCGUGUGUUGUAACAUCGGAUCGCCAAAGGAUGUCCCUGGGCUUGCUACAAGUCGACUCGUAUUAUUCCGCGGCUGCUGGAUUGAGCUCAAAGUGCGGAUUCUAACCAUAGUGGUCGCUCUCUCGCUGCGCACGGAAGCUGAAGCUCGCCCAUUCGUUGUAUUCGCUUACUUGUUUUGCUCGUUACAAUACGAGUCGACUUGUACGAUGACCCUUAAUCCGGUUUGCCACUAGGCGGAAUUUUGUGCGCGGAGCGGAAUUUCUCUUUGUCUUUUCUAAUUAGUUCCACCCGAGAAAUCACAAGACAAAGAAAAUUUCCGCUCUGCGCGCAAAAUUCCGCCUAAUGAAAACCGACUUUAGGCCAUUGAACUAUAAGUAAACUGGAACGAUAACUUCUAUGAUAAAGGCCUAUGGGUGAAGCCACAUUUCGGGCGCUCAAGUAUAGCCUGUUCGCAGGCAUGUAUACGAAAAUAAAUACACAAAAAUAUAUCACGAACUAUUUUUACUAAUUUAAUCCUUAAUUUUAACUUAUUAAAGUAUACGUUUCUAGAUAUUUGAACAUCCAUUAACAACUGUAUCUAAGAUUUUUCUUAGAUACAAUUGGUAAUGGAUGUUCAAAUUAAUCAAAUAUCUAUGAUAAAACUGUCUCUGAACUCUUUCUGGAAAGUCUAAAAACUCAGAAAAACCAUAAAUUCUCGCGCGGUUUUUUGCCGAGUUUCAUUUUGUUUGUUUCAUAUUUCGGCAGUUAAACAAUAUUUGCUUAUUUUGUGUGCCUUAGAUAAAAGUUGUGUUGUCUAAGUGUGCUCUAGGAUAAAUAUAAAUGCCUUGAAAGAAGUAAAAGUGAGAAAAUUUUUAAGCUGUAUUUUUAAGCUGUAUUUUUCGCACCAUUUUGUAAGAAAGGACCGGGGCUACCUGCAGAAAACACUCAUGGCCGGCUUCAAAGAUGGCGGCGAACUUAUCGUUCCAGUUUACUUAUAUAGUUCAAUGCUUUAGGCCUGUUUCAUACGUCGCACUAUCGUCAAAUUUAAUUUGGACGAAUUUAAUUGAACGAAUUAACUUCGUCCAAGAUGUUUUAUCCAUCAUGGUCAGACGGAUACAACGUCUGUAGCGCGUCUUCGUUUCAUACGACGUCUUAUCGUCGUGUCGAAUUAAAUGCAUAAAUUAUGUUAAAGUCUAUUUCUCUCUUUCUGAUCUCGUGGGGGUUUUUUCUGGGUAAUCCAUGAUCGCUAGACAUGAAAUGAGUUCGUCUGAAUUGAAUUCUUCGUUUGAAACGAAACCAUUUUAAUGUUGACCAAUUGACGAAUUUAAUAACGAAUUAAAUUCGUCUGAAUUAAAUUCGACGUAUGAAACAGGCCUGAUAUACUCGACCUUUGGAGAGAACAGUUUAGAGCUGACAGAAUUAACUAUUCGGUAUAAAUGAAGGUAGAUUUCCUUUUGUAAUAACACUGGAACAAGAAAUAAGAGACGUCCCUUACCGGAACUCUACGGAGAACAGUUUUAAAUUUGAGAGAGCUAUAUAUCCAGUAUAAAUAACGUUAGUUAGUUUUUUGAACCAAAACCCAUAAAUUUAUUGUUCGUUUAUUUUCAGGUCAUGAUGAUGAAAGUCACGUUUUUAAAGAGAUGGAUCCUGGUGCAUUCUUUACGUUUUCAAUUCCUUUUGACAUGAAGGGAAACACAAAAGUUAGUGUAUUAACAGCAACGCCUCUAAACUAGUUCAAACUGUUCUCCCUAAAGGUCCAGUAAGAGAUAUAACAACACGGGUUGUUGUUUCAGUGUUACUACAAUACUACUGCAGGAAACUUGCCGAUUGUGGUCCAAAU